ACCCGGGGAAAAGGGGAGGGUGGAUGCUGGCAAGGAGGAGGUUUGAGCGGGGCAGGCCAGGGCGGACAAACAGCUUUAGGAAAUUUUUCAUUAGCCGCUUGGAAACAUAAAGAGAUCCCCCCCCUUCCGCGAGGGGUGGCUUUUCCAUUUAUGUUAUUCUCUUUGUGGCAGUUGCAGGACAGGUCCCACCGCAGGCCCCGGCCUGGAGAGGCAGCCGGAGCACCCGCAGUUUGAUUUUUAACUGGGUAUUUUCGUGAUGAGGCAGUGUGUAGUCCAGCAGCCCUGUCCUGGCUGUCCCGGCUCCAGCCACCUGUAAAAAAUCACUGUCCAAGGAAAGCAAGCAGAAAGGCUUCGGACACAUACAGUAAUGCCUAAUAAAUGCGAGAUGAAUCCUGAGAUGAUUUUAAGCCAGCAUCAAUUGAUACAUCUUGUGAGGGGGACCUCCAAGUGGGUAAAGGAGAUGACGUUACAAUCACUUUGCCACAUAUUCCAGGUUCAACUCCACCAAUGACUGUCUUUAAAGGAAAUAAAAGGCCAUAUCAGAAGGACUGUGUGCUUAUUAUCAAUCAUGACACUGGGGAAUAUGUGCUGGAAAAACUUAGUAGCAGCAUUCAAGUCAAGAAAACAAGAGCAGAGGGCAGCAGUAAGAUCCAAGCCCGAAUAGAACAACAGUCUGCCCGAGCAUCUCAGCCUCCCUCACAGUUCAGAGCCCCAACCAAGCCAGCAGUUGGACCUAAAACUUCUCCUUUGAAGGAUAACCCUUCACCUGAGCCUCAGCUGGAUGACAUUAAGAGAGAGCUGAGAGCAGAGGUUGAAAUUAUUGAGCAGAUGAGCAGCAGCAGUGGGAGCAGCUCAUCGGAUUCAGAAAGCUCAUCUGGGAGUGAAGAUGAAAGCUCCAGCAGUGAGGGGGAAGAGGCAGCACAUGUUUCCCCUUCCCAACCACCACACCAGCAGUAUAACAACAGGAAUGCUGUCGCUAACGGCACCAGCAGGCCGCAAGGAAGCAAUCAGCUCAUGAACACGCUCCGAAAUGACUUGCAGUUGAGUGAGUCUGGGAGUGACAGUGAUGACUAGAGGCUGAGCUUUCCCUGUUUCUCUUACAUAUACAUGAAGAGCUAAUUUACCUUGAAGUGAUCCUAUUGCUUAUGAAGAGGAGCUGGCACAGAGAUAAUUCCAUGUGUGGAAUUUUAAUAGAAGAAAUGCAUAGCCCUACAAAAUAGCAGACGUUGAGGGCUGUUUUACUGUGUGAAUUAAGUGUAUAUAUUGUGUAUAUUCUUAUGCUGUUAAAGCUUUGAAUAGAUAUGUACAGUGGGUGAGCCAAUGUAUGUUCCUGUCCACGGUCUGUAAGUUUAAUGUGUAACUAUGUCAUCUAAAAGUUUCUUGUUCGUAGAAGAUGUUCAGCGCAUCACGACUUUGUCGGGGGACUUUUGUAUAUUGGGUGAGCAUGAGCCAACAAUGAGUUCAAAAUAACAUGCAGGAUCUUGUGUGUGCACUGAAGAGAGACUGUCGUAAAUUAACUUCCAAUACUAAGUUGAUUUCUUUGGUUUCGAACUUUUCUAAUGCCUUUUUAUUGCUAUUUAUGCUUGAUUUAAUGGACUGACUUUUAAACAGUUGAAAAAUAGGAAUCGUAAAACAAACCAUGUUCAUCCCAAACCUUGCUGCACCAGUGCCUUAUGAGCAGGUUUUUUAAAUAGCGCUUCAGUUCCUGCCACCUUUCCUGAGGGAGCAGUACUGAAACCUCCUCCGAUUGCUUUUGCAGACAAGAGCUGUGUCACAUGCAGCCUGCUGUACUCUGAGGGCAGUAACUCUAGCAAGAUAAAGGAUACACAUCAGUCACCUAAACUCAUCCAAGUAAGAAUCAGAUCAGCAUUUUUGUUUGCAACUGAAGUGUCUCAUAUAACUCAGACCUCAUUUAACUUGGACCUAGUCUUCAGAAAUAUUUAGAAGCCCAACUACCAGUGAAAUUGCAAAGUCACAAACACAAAAUAUUUGUGUUACUGAAAUUCUAAGACUAGAGCCCUCUUUGCAGUUCCCUAGAGAAUGCAGAAAGAAUAAACGACUGAACAAGUAGCGGUGUGUAUUGGGUCUGGCUGAGAUGGAGUUCAUUUCUCCAUAGCAGCUCAGUGUCCAGCCAAGGUCAACCCACCACACCAUGAAAUAGCAGAAGUCUCUCUCCCACCACAGUUGUCCAGGUAGACUUUAGUCCAUAUUGUUGGUUGGACGAGGUCUCUUUGCUUAGCAGUGGUAUACAGAACUUGAAAUAUUUGCCUAGGGUGAAAUUCAUCCCUGUUUAAGGGGGUUUAAAGGGUGCUUAGUUGGAUUAUCAUUAACUUUUUUUGGUCACAUGGGAAAUGAGUGCCGUAGGCAGCCUCUUAUAGCUUGAAUACCAGGGUGACUUUUUAAAACCAAAUUCAACUGGCAUAGGACAAAGUUGCACCGUAGUUAUGGUGAAAUCCAGGGGAAUGGGAAGCUGAGUCAGAUGCCUCUCCAUUCUCAUUCCUCAGAGUCUGCUUUGCACUGUUCUCAUCUUUUAGUUUGUGUUUUAACUCCUGUUUGUUUACUGAGCUCUGUCCUUUUUUUAAUGUGUUGAAGAGCAAGGGGACAUUUGAAGGGAGAUUUUAUUAAAUGGUUUAUUUUUUUGCAUUAGAUACAUAUUUAGGCAUAUUUUUGCAUUAUUGUACAUACAAUUAAAAAUACUUGGUUUUUUUAAAGUGUUUUGUGAUGUGGGUACAUAUUUUAAUGGACAAUUACAAAAUAUACUUGAUGAAA